CAAGCCCCCAAUCGACCAGUGCAGCAACAUCAUACGUACUUAUUAUAUAUAUAUAUAUACGUGCGCGCAUGGACACAAUCAUCAGCACAUCAACCAUUUCCCGAGAGCUGAGCUUCACCGGUCGAUCGUCGCACGCCAUGGUGGCUAUGGCGCCCGCUGCAGGGCUGGUCCUGGCUUCGCUCGCCGUGGUGCUGGCAACCACGCUGUGGACGGCGGCGGUGCACCUGGUGUGGCGCCCCUACGCCGUCGCGAGGGCCUUCCGGCGGCAGGGGAUCCGCGGGCCGGCGUACCGGUUCUUCGUCGGCAACAACGAGCAGGUCAUGGCGAUGCGCGCGGCGACGGCCGACGACGUGCUCGACCUCGGCUCCCACGACAUCAUCGCGCGCGUGAUGCCGCAGUACAAGGCGUGGGUGGCGUCCUACGGUAAGGUUUUCCUCUCGUGGUCGGGGUAUACGCCGUCGCUCUGCGUCGGCGACCACGACAUGGUGAAGCAGAUCCUGUCCAACAAGACCGGGCUGUACGGCAAGCCCAACCCGGGGCCCAACUUCCUGGCCCUGCUGGGCAAGGGCCUCGUCUUCUCCGACGGCGACGACUGGGCGCGCCACCGCCGCAUCGUGCACCCGGCGUUCACCAUGGACAAGCUCAAAAUGAUGACCAGGACGAUGGCGGAGUGCGCAGGGGACAUGGUCCGGCCGUGGGAGGCGCUCGCCGCGGCGAGCGACGGCGGCGUGGCGAGGGUGGACGACGUCGGGCAGCAGUUCGUGGAGCUGACCGCCGACGUGAUCUCGCACACGGCGUUCGGGAGCAGCUACAGGGAGGGGAAGGAGGUGUUUGUGGCGCAGCGGGAGCUCCAGUACAUCGCCUUCUCCACCAUGAACAACGUCCGCGUCCCGGGCCUCGAGUACCUCCCCACCAAGACCAACCAGCGGCGGCGGCAGCUCACGGGAAAGGUGCGCGGCACGCUCAUGGCGAUCAUCCGCGAGCGGCAGGCCGCCGCCAAGGAGGCCAAAGGCUACGGCAACGACUUGCUUGGCCUGAUGCUCGAGGCCAACUCGUCGGCCGGCGCCGGCGGGCAGAAGGCGGCCGCCAUUAGCAUGGACGAGAUCAUCGACGAGUGCAAGACCUUCUUCUUCGCCGGGCACGACACAACCUCGCACCUCCUUACCUGGGCCAUCUUCCUCCUCGGCACGCACCCGGAAUGGCAGCAGAAGCUGAGGGAGGAGGUCCUCCGAGAGUGCGGCGGCACGGGGACGCCGCUGCAGGGCGACGCGCUCAACAAGCUCAAGCUGACGACGAUGGUGCUGUACGAGACGCUGAGGCUCUACGGCGCAGUGAUCAUGAUCGCGAGGGAGACGAGGGCGGACACGGAGCUCGGCGGCGUGAAGAUCCCCAAGGGCACGACCACCAUGAUCCCGAUGGCGAUCAUGCACCGGGACGAGGAGGUGUGGGGCGCGGACGCCGGCGAGUUCAAGCCGGACCGGUUUCAGAACGGCGUGGGCAGAGCCGCGAAGCACCCGAGCGCGAUGCUGGCCUUCUCCGCCGGCCCGCGGUCGUGCAUCGGGCAGGACUUCGCGAUGCUGGAGGCCAAGGCGACGCUCGCCGUGAUCCUGCGCCGGUUCGAGUUCGAGGUGGCGCCGGAGUACGUGCACGCGCCGGCCGAGUUCCUGACGCUGCAGCCCAAGUGCGGGCUCCCCGUGCUGCUCAAGCUCCUGGGUCAGUAGAGCAGCUGCCUCUUUGAAGUACAAAAUAAGUACAUGAGUGGGCUUGUAUCUUUUUGGUUUUGGGUUUUGAGCUGUGGGCUUGUAUCUUCACUACGUAUACCUCUAGCAUUUGUGAGCAGAAGAACGUGAGGUGUUUUUAUAAGUACUGCUCAUUGAGGUUAAUUUCUCCUAGUCCUCUCUCUGAUUGACUAAUUGCCAAGGUUUAUCCUCACUCCAGCUAAAGAGAAAAAGGUUU